UUUCCUUGUUCCUCUUCCAUAUCUGAAAUUUCAGCUCUUGCACCUCAGUUCUAACACCUGUAUCCAGAUCUGGUUUGAGGAUGGCAACUUCUUUUCAGCAUAAUGUAGACACUGAGAACCCAGGAGGAGUAAUGGCUGGUAAACGAGGACAGAUGCUGUCUGCAGGACCAAGGAGAGGUCUGGGCAAGGUCUUUUCAUCCAAUGAGAACUCUCUAGUGACGCCCCACCGGAAGGCUCUGGGUGAUCUGAGUAACAACAAGGCUAGUCGUCAACCUUUAGGGAGUCUAAGUAACACCAUUCACAAGACUAACCAGGGUAGUGGACUCAUCAAGAAACCUCUUGGUAGUCAGCUCAAGACACCAGGGCCUGGCAUCAAGGUGUUCGGAGAAGGACCAGCGCUAAAGGGUAUAGAGAGCAAGAAGAGAGCCCCCAAGGUCAAACCAGAGAUCAAGAAAUCCUUAGCAAGUAAUCCCAAACCAACCUUCACAUUCCCUGAUAUAGAAAACAUGAAGAUCUUUAAAGAUGAUGACCGGACCUUCAACAGGCUUCCUGCUGAGGAUUGCUUGUCUUCACACCUAGAUCGUCUUGGUACCAUGAAGACCACUCUCUUUAGAUACCCUGUCAGAGAUGUUGAUGACAUCAAUCCAGACUUCUCACAUCUCUCUUUGGAUAAGAUCAUCAGACCAAGCCUAUCAGAUGAUGAUCUGCUGAUUCCACCUUCAUCGACUCCAAUGGAGUGCUUAGAUCUUCCACCUGUAGAAUCCAUCGACUUCCUGGAUAUCAACAAUCUUAUCUUUGAUUGAACCCUUCUCCAGCAGACAGGGUGCGGACAUCAUCCAGGAACUUCUGUCCUCUGAAAGCACUCCUGAAACAGAUAUUGACUGUUGCUGUAAAGUAAUCUAUCUAAAGUAACUUAUCUUGUAUGUAAAUGCUGUCUCAUUGCUGCUUUAUGUCAAGCCAAAAACUGAAGCUGUGAUGCCAGUGGAGACUUUGUGAUACAGGUAUUAAAAAAUAAAGUGGACUUCUCUUGAUUUUGAGACCUGUCUGGCAGGGAUUGUUUGAACCGAUGAAAGAUGUUCACAUGGAUAUCUUCAGUGCGCUGCAGGAUCUAUGGACACUUUCAAGAUCUUUUCUCGAGAUGAUGACCUGGACAGCAUCCUUGGGCCGUGCCAACAUCAUCAUCAGGUGAUUCUACAAUGUUUGCUCCUGUGACAGCUGCCCCAUUGGAAACCUGCACAUCGAACUCAACCUCAAACCUAACACCAACCUUAAUUCCUGAUGUUAUUUUGACCCCAAACCCUAUCACAACCCUAAACCUAUGGCCUAUUCUCAAGUCCAGUUUAAGUUAAACCAUGAACAAACGAUGUGCUUAAAUUAUGGAAAACUCAAAUUGUCAAAGCUUUACUUACAUUACUGGUUUCUUAUAUUCAAUUUGUUCUCCAUGUUUAAUGAUGACAAAACAAUUCAGAUAAGUAAUAAUUCCCAGACAGUUAUGAAUUACUGGGGUACCAAAAGUACUGGGGAAAAAAAUGAACAUCUAGUGGCUAUCAAUAACUUUAAACCAGAGGUUGAAUCCAACAAGAUUUCAGAUUACAUCCCGAUGACUUGCAGAAAUUGUCACAGGAGCAAAUGUCCGCUCACCUUAUCAUGUAGCCCUGUCAUGUGGAGCUUUUCAUUUGAAGAACAGGUGACCAAUCUAGUGAGUGCCAUCAUACCAUUUAGAGACAGUGAUUUUCCAUUUAAAAAAAUUGUCUUUUGCGUUUCUGAAAAUCUGUAAUUCCGUUUCAACUUGAUCUGAAAAUGGAAAUUCCGUUUUGUCACUGAAAAUGUACACAACAAAAACCUGAAUUCCGUUUUGCAAAGGUGAAUUCCAUGAAUUUUUACAUGAAAAGUGUAAGAACCAAACGGAAUUUCCGUUUUAUUUACCGGUAAAAUGGAAAAUCACUGUCCCUAAUCAUUACAUCUCUUAAACACCAUACUGUCCGACUUCAGUUAUCAUGAAGCAACAUCCUUGUCAAUGCCACUUAGUUAUAUCAAUGUACUGAAAUAGGAGUCUGUGAUACCCAAGGUAUACCACUGCAGAGAAGGACUGCAUUCAUGGUAUCCAAGGCCAAAACGGGACAAAAACUCUUCGAAGUUAAUUAAUAACUGUAUAUAUCAUAAUCAUGUACAUGUAUUUACCAUCAAGAUGUCUUUUUUAAUGUAUUUUAAGAUGAUAGCAAAAAAAAUCAUCCUGGGUCCUGGAACCCACACAUAUGAAAGAACAAUUUUGAUUGGUUAAUAGUCAGUCUGUUUGACAAACAGUGCAUACAACAAUGAUCUUUAUUAGCCAUUACCAAUCCGUGAGCAAUUGAUGACAAAAUUCUUUGUCACAUAAAUUAUGUCAAAGAUCAGGGUUUUCCAGCUUCUUCAUUUCAAUAGUUUUUAAAUCUGUUUCUUUAUUUGAACACAUGUAAAGUGCUGCUUUUUUUAAUAACAAAUUUUAGACUUAUUGAGCAUUUGUCCAUUUUUUUUUAGGAAUCACCCAUAGUUGAUAAUUUUUCUGGUGUAGAUGAUGUGACUAUCCUUUGUAUUUUUUGUCCAAAGUUUUGUUAAAAAUUGAAGAAUUCACAUCUUACAACCUGAUAAACUUCAGUAAGCCAUCGAAAAUAAAAGCAGAAAAAUAUAUCCAUUUAUGGUAUUCCUCUCAUACGGGUUAAUUAUACAAAAAGAUUCAGGGGGAGGGAUCUAAUUAUGAGUGACUACAUCUAUUCUCAAUGCAUUAUCUUUCAUUGCACUGCUAAAGUACAUUUGAAAAGGAACCAAUAUUGCAUCAUGUCUGAUAAAUUAGGUAAUAUUCCAGGACUGAUGUCAUAAAACAGAACAGGAUAUAAUAAUUAUUCUUUGAUAUUUUUCUUAAAUUGGUGGUAUAGAGAUAGAUAAUGGAUCUUUUGGACAAAAUGUUGCAUCUGCAAGCAGGGCAAGUCAGUUCAGUUUGAAAAGUUUGCCCACUCCUUCUCCAAGAUUGAAAACGAUCAUGAUACAAUGUGCAAAGUUAUCAAGCUCAAGUCUCCCUCAACCUUAAGUUGUUUGAAUAAAUGAAGAAAACUAAAAUAAGCAUCAAUCUCAAUCUGGAUGUAAAACUGUGAAAUAAGAGAGUUAUGUGAUUUUAAAGUCUUGCUGCAUUUUAAUGCACAACACAUAUGAUAUUCAAAUGAAAGAGCCGAUGAUGUUGCACUAACACUAAUUCUGAGAGUCAAAUCAAUUUUCUUCUUUUUGCAAUUUUUGAGAGUAAGUUGGUUUUUUUGUGAGGGUUGAAUCAUGGAAUAUAUAAUGAUGGUGAUCCCAUAUAUUCACAUUGUAGUCAAACCUUGUUUGAAUUACAGGAGGGAAAAUGUAAAUAUUUCAUGAUAAUAAUGAAAUACACAAUAGUGAGUGAGUGAUGUCAAUAGUUGCCUCAUUUGCAUAGCGCCCCAUGUUGUUCAUUAACUUGUGAAUUCUUUGCGAAAAUAAGAAAAGAAUAUGCCUUAAACUUUCAUAUUUUGCCUCCAAUUUUGAUGAAAUUGUCAGUGCUUUGCUUGUUUGAGAUUUUCCAUUUAAUACAACUUGAUGUUUCACAAUCGUUAAGCUUGAUAUGGAAGCAGUAGUUGGUGUUGAUGUCCUUAUUUUUAUGUGAAGUAUUACUAAAUUCAUUUUGUUUGCUUUAAUUUAUUUUGUUGCUUUAAAUAUGGAUAGUUUCAUUUAUUUGCUAGUACGAAGGGAAAUUGCUUGCUGGAGACGGGUGGUUGCUUUAAAAAGCCUAUAUGAGAAUGAUGAAUUUUGGUAGUUAACAUGAAAUCAAACUUCUACUAUCAUCUAUCAUUGUCACAUUGCUUUAAAAAUGACAGGAACUAAGUGUCAAAAUGUGUAUUAUAGCAAUUCAAAACAAUUAAAACAAGACUAUGAAACAGGACCCAUGUGUAAUGAAUGUCAUGAAGAUUUUGUUUAGGGCUUUAAUGAACCAAUGCUAAAAUACUGUACAGAUGAAAUCAAGAUGCCUGUAUAUGACUAUUUAUGUGACAUGAGAAUAACAGCAUCACUCUCUAAGUAAUUAAAGUCAUUUUUGUUGUUUUUGUUUUAGUUUUGUAAUAAAUUUCUUUAUAUAUAUGA